AUGAGACAUUCUCCUCCGGAAUACUUGUUCGUUGUGAGACAUGGAAGCCGACUAGACGCUGCCGACAAGUCAUGGCAUUUAACAUCUCCGACCCCUUACGAUCCCCCUCUGACCUACGGCGGCUUCCUCCAAGCUCGACGAGUUGGCAACCAAAUAGCAAGCAUACUCGAGCAAGCCAAAGCCGACGACGAAACGCGCCAUACUUCAAAUGGCUCCAGAAAGCGGAAGCGCUUCAAGGUUGUCAUACACAGUUCCCCCUUCCUACGAUGUGUUCAAACCUCCAUUGGCAUCAGCUCUGGACUUACCCAAUUCCUACCCGAUUCCAUGUAUAAUCCGGCCGACUUUAUUUUCCCACGAGCCGUACCACAUACCGAGCCUCAAUUUCAGUUCAAGUCUACUCUCCUGCGGCUUGAUUCCUUCUUGGGAGAAUGGCUGUCACCAGAGUACUUCGAGAUGAUCACACCCCCGCCAGGCCCUGCUCUCAUGCUAGGUGGCGCAAAGGCCGAACUGCUGAGGCGGGAAGAUUACAGCAUUUACGACCUCGUUCCCGAAUCGGAGGCUCCGCGGCCUUCUUCUGGAUCUUUAUGGCAAUCACCAACAUUAAGUCCGGCACAGACUCCGAGAUCUCCCUCAACUGAUAGUGAAGAGUCAAUAAAUAUGUCAGCACUAGGAGCCGCUCUUCCUACACGACCAGAUGUGAAAAGAGGAUAUAUCCCCCCACGGCCUAUCUAUGCCUCGUCAAGUUCCGGGAGUAUUCCAGAGGGCUUCGUUGCUCAUGCAAGAGAUGCCUCUGUAACCGUAGACUAUCAAUGGGACUCAAUGAGGGCACCCCUCGACUUUGGCGACGGAGGCAAAUUUGGGGAGGAGUGGGCAUCUAUGCAUAAGCGGUUCCGGGGAGGCGUAAGAAAACUGGUCAACUGGUAUGCCUCGACGGAGUCUCCAGCAGACUUGGUCCCGACGAAGUCCGCCGAGGACGACGACAGCGGCGCAGAGCAUGAAUCUGACGACGAUGUAGAAACAGUUGUGAUUAUGGUCUCUCAUGGUGCUGGAUGCAAUGCUCUGAUCGGCGCAAUUACUCACCAACCGGUGCUAAUGGACAUUGGCAUCGCAUCCAUUACCAUGGCUUCUCGGAAGCAAAAUUUGGAUUACAAGGAACUGCUGGCUUCAACGCCUCCACCAUCCGAUUCCUCCAAGAAAACCUUAGUAGCAGUUGACAAGAUGUAUGAUAUUCGACUGUCAGCAAGCACGGAGCACUUGCGGCGGUCCAGCCCCUCAACGCCGAUUUCCGCGAGAUCCAACCUCAUGACCAACAUUUGGAACACAAACCAUGGCUCGCGAGGCCGGACCUCAACCCUGUCAAGCAUAGGUGGCCCAGUCAUGAGCCCGUUCACAUAUUCAGAUCCCUUCUCCUCCACUGGUAGUCGCAGCACCUCAGCCAGCGCCGCUUUGCCUCCAAUAGUUCGACGGGCUUCUCAGCGACCGUUGCCAAGAGGUCCCGCUCUCGCCUCGGUGGGAUUUGGCCACGCAGUUGGGUCUUCAAACAUGGGCAAUAGAUCGCCGCCCGCAACAUCGUCAGGAUUUGGCCUCUGGUCGGCUGGCCCGCCGUCAGCUGGACCCUCGUCAUUGCGACUCAUGGACGACGGAAACGAUGAUGUAGAUGACUUUGGCUCCAUACUACCAGACUUUGACCAGAAGCGAUUCAAGAUGAGCUCUCCGACAAAGGUAGAAAGGGAAUCAGAUCUCUCGGCGGAGUCGACUUCAUCAUCAGUGAUAACAGACGACGCACCCACGUUUCCCGAGUUUCCACCAACGAGAGCGGACAAGGUCCAAGACACCCCGACACCACCCAUGUUCGCCGGUCCCAUUAAGCUGCAUACAAAUCUGGGGCCCGAUAAACCUGUAGAGGAAGUGAAGGUGAGGCAGCUUGGAGCAGGGCUCGGCGGUCUCUGGGGCAUUCCUCCGCCACCAGACGAGGCAGAGCGGUUUCGGGAUAUGAGCCACACCAAGCGCCGAUGGACGGUUAAUGAACGAGCCUAG